AUGAGCACAGCAAAACGGACACGAGCUAGACAAGCCGAGGCAGGAGCGGCACCUUCGCUGCCUCCGUCGAAAAAGGCAAAGACUUCACAGCAAACCAGCUCUGGACUUGGCUUCUUGACCGACGAGAAUCUGCGAGCUGGGAAAAAGCUGCGCGCAAACUACACCAAUGGCGUCAAGGAUUCACGAGCAGACCGUGUCGAUGAGUCAAAGGCCCAAGUUGAGCAACACGAGGCCGAUGCACCGGAAAUAGUCGAGAUCUCGAGUGGAGAGGAAUCGAGCGCAUACAGCGGCUCCGACGACGAGGCCGAAGAGACACAGCCCACGACGAAUGGCAGCCACGACGCCGACGCUGUCAUGGCUGACGCCGACGAGGACAUGGAGGAUGGGGCAGAAGGGCAGUCGUUCGGCGACAUGCUGCAGGCAGCGCACCCCGAGACAAUCGAUGUCCAGUCGGCCUUCGCAGACCGCGAGCAGGGCACUCAAGCCCUCGUCCCCAUGAACCAGGACCGCUCCCUCACCGCUCCCACCGCUACCUCCCUCGGUACCGUCCUCACACAGGCUCUGCGCACCAACGACCGUGGACUCCUCGAGACGUGUUUCCAGAUGACCGACAUCCCCAGUAUCCGCUCAACCAUCCAAAGACUUCAAUCGCCGCUCGUCGCCUCCCUCCUCCAACGCCUGGCCGAGAGACUGCACAAGCGUCCGGGCCGUGCUGGAAACCUCAUGGUCUGGGUUCAAUGGUCUCUCGUCUCCCACGGUGGCUAUCUCGCCAGCCAGCCUGACGUCCUCAAGAAGCUCAAGACCCUGUCGCGUGUCAUCAAGGAACGUGCCAACGGCCUCCAAUCUCUCGUCACCCUCAAGGGCAAGCUCGACAUGCUCAGCGCUCAGAUCGAACUUCGCAGGAGCAUCCAGGAAACAAGAGAUGGAAGAUUUGAUGAUUCUGACAACGUGGACCGCGAUGUCAUCUACGUCGAGGGUCAAGAUGACCAGUCAUCGGACGAGGAUGACAACGACCUCAUCAGCAAUGCCGUGGGCAGCGACCUCGGUGACCUGUCUAUGGUCAAUGGUGGCGAUCAAGCAUCAUCCGACAUUGAGGAGGAAGAGGCCGGAGAAGGCAUGUUCGAUGAUGAAGCUGAAGAGACCUCGGACGACGAGGGCGAAGAGCUAUCUGACGACGACGAUGAGAGCGAAGAGGUAGAAGAGGAGGAAGAUGACGAAUCAUCAAGUGAUGAUGAAGCCCCGGCACCUGUCAUCAAGCCUUCAAGGACGCCCCAACGCGCCGCUGGACGAAGAAGAUGA